AUGAAGAGAAAGUAUGAAGGGAAUGCAAGGAUCAAAAGGUCUCAUCUUCAAGCUCUCCGCAGAGAAUUUGAAACUCUUGAGAUGAGGUCUGAAGAAAGAGUAACAGAGUACUUUUCCAGAGUCAUGACAGUGGCGAACAAGAUGCGUACUUAUAGGGAGGAUAUGCAAGAUGUGAAAGUGGUAGAGAAAAUUCUACGCGUUUUAGAUGAGAAGUUUAACUAUGUUGUCUGUUCUAUUGAGGAAUCGAAGGAUAUUGAUGCUCUCACUAUUGAUGAGUUACAAAGCUCAUUAAUAGUAUAUGAACAGAAAUUUCAGAGGCGUAAUGGUGAGGAGCAGGCCUUAAAGGUGACGUAUGAAGGAGGAAGAGGUCGUGGCCGUGGCCGUGGCCGUGAUGCCUACAGAGGAAGAGGAAGAGAAAGAGGUCGAGCAAGUUUCAACAAGGAAACAGUGGAAUGUUACCGUUGUCAUAAACUUGGACAUUUUCAAUAUGAAUGUCCUUCUAAAAAUAAAGAAGCAAACUAUACAUAG